AUGUGCCUGGUUACACGAGCGCAAAAAAGAAUUGCUUUUGUGUCUACACUCAGAAAAAAAAAUUAAGUGGGCAUGCAAGAAAAUUUGACAAUACAGGAACAGUCGGAAAUUAAAAUACAAAAACUAUACUCAGCGUCAGUUUGCUAGAGCUUAUUUGGAUUACGGUGUAGUGAUAAUUUUCUUAGUAAAACAUACAUAAUGGAGGAAGAUUUGUUGGGAGCAGCAGGAUAUAUGACGUGUGUUGCAGCUGCUUUGUCAUUAUAUGCGGCUGCAAAAGAAAAGCAAGAAACAUCAAAUUCUAAAAAAAGGGAAUGGGUUAAGACAUGGAGACUGAAAAGGAUUGAAAAUAGCUCAUUUAAGUUCUUGUAUGAUGAACUUCGUCUGAAUGAUAAAGAUAGUUAUCGUCGUUAUUUAAGAAUGGACGAAGAAUGUUUCAAUGAAAUUUUAAAACUUGUGGAACCCUUGAUUCUCAAAGAGACGACUCAAAUGAGAGAUCCGAUUGAUCCUCGAGAAAGUUUGGCCAUGUUACUACGUUUUCUUGCUACUGGGGAAUCUUACAGGAGCUUGGACUUUCAAACCCGGCUAUCGCACUCAUUCAUUAGCAAAUUUAUACCAAGAUGUUGCUCUGCCAUUUAUUCAUCUUUAAAAGGAAGAUAUUUAAAAUUUCCGAGGAGCUUUAUGGAGUGGGAGGAUGUGGCUGAAGGUUAUUCACGUCGAUGGAGUUUUCCAUUGUGUUUAGGUGCCAUGGACGGCAAGCACAUUGGUUUUAGAGCUUCCAAGACGGAUGGUGCUCUAUAUUAUAACUAUAAAGGGUUCAAUAGUAUUAUCUUACUGGCUAUGUGUGAUGCGAGAUAUAAAUUCACAUUUAUUGACGUAGGUUGUAAUGGAAGGUUAAGUGAUGGAGGAGUACUCAACCGAAGUGAUCUUUGUACUAUUUUGAGCAACCCGAGCCGAUAUUUUCCACCAGAUGCAGUUAUCGGACGCGAAAGAAAAUUGCCAUAUAGUAUAAUUGGAGACGACGCUUUUCCUCUGCAAAAGCAUAUUUUAAAGCCGUAUUCAUAUACAUCAACGGAAAAACAAAAAAAAACUUUCAAUUUUCGGCUAAGCCAUGCGAGACAAUGCAUUGAGCAUAGCUUUGGAAUGUUGGCGAACAGAUUUAGGGUUCUUCAGACAACCAUUCACUUGCGCCCAGAAAAAGUUAAGCUUGUAGUUCAAGCUUGCUGUGUUCUUCAUAAUUUCUUAAUAGAAAAUUGUGGAAGCUACGAAGUUCCACAACGCCCACCAAGGGGAUACACACUUACGGAAGAUAACGAAAUAAGUGACCAGAGGAGGCCUACGCAAGUUGCUUCGGACAUAAGAGACGAAUUUGCGAAAUACUUUACCGAAGAAGGCCAACUUCCAUGGCAGGAUCUUUAUAUAUAAGUUUUCAAUAAAAGUAAAAAUAUUAA